AUGAAUAAUAUUGUUGAGAUCAUGAAUAAUGAAAAUGGAAACGAAAGUAGUAAAAAUGUGAAGGUACGUUUUGAUUUCGAUGUGCCAAAGAUCAAUAAUAAUAUUAAUAAUAAUAAACAAGAAGAAUUUAACAUCUCUAGGCAAAAUUCAAGAUCAUCUUCUUCUUCUAAUUAUUCACCAUUAUCUGAUGAUGGUAAACAAGAAAAAGAUGAUGAUGAUGAGAUCAUCAAUUCUGAUCUUUCAUCACCAGUUACUAAUAAUAAUAAUAAAGAUUUGGAAUUCUCUCUUCAACCUAAACAAAGAAUCUCUUAUUGUGAUGAGUACUCCUCAAUAUUUUCACCAGAUAUUAGUCCUCACCACCAAAAUAUUCCUUUAUGGAGCCCUCAAAGCUUGUCACCCAUGCAUUCUUCUCUAUUAUCUCUAACCCCAACUACUACAACUACUACUACUAAGAAGGCUAAUGGGUACGAUCCAAAUCGGAUUCCAGCUUCGAUUUUUUCGAGCAAGCCAUCGAACCCAACAGAGUGGAGUUCAACCUCAAAUGAAUCGUUGUUUAGUCUUCACUUGGGGAAUACGAGCUUCUCCAAAGACCAGUUUCUUAUGUUGUACAAAUCGGGAGAGUUGAACAAGCUUGAUGAAGUCAUGAAUCUUCCACCAUUCUUUCCUACUCGUAGUUCUUAUAAUAAUAAUCAUAAUCAAGUAGUGGAGGCAUCAUCUUCAUCUUCGUACCAAAUCACUGCCGCUGAUCAAAUAUUUAGGUCGCUUCAUACGGAGAUGGAGUCAUGUGAAUCGAAUAAUAAUAAUGUUGAGCUUUAUUAUGGUAGUAGAGAUUAUAAUAAGAUCAAUUCCAAUAUUAACCGAAGAAAUCAUAUGGGCACUCGACGAAACAAUUCUAUUAGUCACCUCUCUUACCGUUCUGAUGAGAGUUACAACAGCAACCGCUCUUUCAAUUUUCCUAUUUUUGGUUCCCCAACGGGAGAGUCGUCGAAGAGGUACACGGCGCCACAGACACAGACACAGGCACAGCCGCUGAGGGAGAUGCUAAGGAAGCAUGAACGGUCUCGAGUGUUUGAUGAAAGAAGGCCAAAAUCUUUUCUCCACAGAUGGCUCACCCACUUGGGUUGCUUCUCUUUUUGCUCCACAAGGAGAACAAACCAUUUUCAUGACUACUAA